AUGGAAAAACUGCUGAGACCCGAUCGUUUUGAAGCAGACCAAAAUUCACCCACAGCAGCCAAGGAGUGGUCUCAUUGGAAGAAAUUGUUCCAAAAUUAUAUUGCAGAGGCCAAACUAAAAGAGGAGGAUAAAUUAAAGGUACUCAUUAACUUUUUAAGCCACUCAGUGUAUGACCAUAUAAGCGACUGUAAAGAUUUCAGUGAUGCUAUUAAAAUUCUAGAUGGUAUUUAUAUAAAGCCUAAAAAUGAAAUAUUUGCCAGACAUCUAUUAGCCACAAAGAAACAACUGACAAGUGAAUCUAUUGACCAAUACUUGCAGUCUCUAAAGAUUUUAGCUAAGGAAUGUACAUUUAAAGCCGUUAGUCCCUCACAGUAUAAGGAUGAGUACAUAAGAGACGCAUUCAUUAAUGGUAUCAUGUCUAAUAGCAUCCGUCAACGUCUGUUAGAAAACGACGAACUAAGUCUAGAACGAGCAGUGAUGCAGUCACGAGCGCUAGAGAUGGCACAAAAGCAGUCUGAAGCCUACUCUAUGCCUGUAGAAUCUAUAAAUCAUGUAAAUACCGAAGCAGAAGACGAACAAUCUGAAUCAAUGAUCGCAGCCAUCCGACAAAAAUGUUUUUUUUGCGGGUAUGACCGGCAUCCGCGUAGCUCUUGUCCAGCUAGGGAAGCUGUGUGUAGGAAUUGUGACAAAAAAGGUCAUUUCUCCAAAGUUUGCAAAUUAAAGAAAACUCAAAACUCAAAUAAGUCUAAUACAACUACUUCGGCUUUUAUUGCAAAUCUAGCCUGCAUCUCUGCAAACUUACCGGGUGCUCUAUCAAAAACAGUUAUUAAAGUUAGAGUCAAUGAUAUGGAAGCAAAUGGUCUAGUGGAUACUGGAGGUUCAAGUAGCUUCAUAGAUGAUGAAUUUGUCCAGUAUCAUAAAAUAAAGGUAUUUCCUAAGAAGGGACAGGUAGUUUUAGCAUCUGCAGAGCAUUCAUCACACUUAAAAGGGUUUGUUUGCGUAGACUUAUCAUUGCAAGGGCACGUGUAUAAAGAUGUCAAAUUAUCAGUACUGUCAAAAUUAUGCACUGAUGUUCUCAUAGGUCAUGAUAUAUUACAGAAACACUCUAAAGUAGAAGUUACCUUUGGCGGGCCUAAAUCCCCUUUAUUAAUCUGUAAUAUGUCUUCAACAGCAAUAGAACCAAAUGUAAUAAAACCCAUGCCCUCAUUUGUAAUAGAACCUCCUCGCCUUUUCAAGAACCUAGCUUCCAACUGCAAACCUAUAGCUGUCAAAUUACGCCAAUAUUCUGAGGAGGACUAUACAUUUAUCAAGGAUGAAAUAAUUAAAUUAUUGAAUGAAAAUGUUAUUGAGGAGAGUAUGUCGCCAUGGCGAGCCCAGGUAUUAGUUACAAAAACUGAAAACCAUAAAAAACGCAUGGUAAUCGAUUACUCUCAAACAAUUAAUAGGUUCACAAUGUUAGAUGCCUAUCCUCUACCAAAUAUAAAUGACCUAGUUUCCAAAGUAGCCCAAUAUAGUAUAUAUAGUACUAUAGAUUUACAUAAUGCAUACCAUCAGAUACCGAUCCACGAGGAGGAAAGAGAUUAUACAGCUUUUGAGGCUGCUGGUCGCCUUUAUCAUUUUCGGAAAAUCCCUUUUGGAGUGACAAAUGGAGUGGCCUGUUUCCAAAGAGUGAUGGAUAAAAUAAUAUCAAAUGAGAACCUAAAUGGAGUAUACGCUUAUUUAGACGAUAUAACAAUAUGUGGAAAAAAUCAGUCUGAGCAUGACCUGAACCUGAAUAAAUUUCUCAAUGCAAUGAAAAAUUAUGGACUCAUACUAAAUGAAAAUAAAUGUCAGUAUUCUAUGCAAACAAUUACACUUCUUGGACACCAGAUCACGAAUAAAAGUGUAAGUCCAGACCCAGAUCGAUUGAAGCCUCUUUUGAAUCUACCUCCACCCAAGGACGCCAAAUCAUUAAAGAGGGUUUUAGGUAUGUUUUCUCAUUAUUGA